UUGGGAAAUUGCGGGAAGCUCAUUUGGCGGUAAGCACAACGCUGGCGUCUCUGUGUGCUUGGUGCUUGUUUUUGGCUUAAACUGUGUUAUUUGGAUGGAUAUAUUCGCUUUGCCGCGUGAGUAUAGCGGUUGUGUUGUGCUGCGUAGGCUCUGAACAGCUUGCUGCUGUGAGUGAAGGUUGAAUGCCGGCUGGUCCAACACCACCAUAACGAAGACGUUGGAGACGCUGCUUCACCGUGACGCCAUAGAUAAUGGCAAUCCUCCCUCAAGAAAUAUUGUCGUGAAAGUUGCUGCCUCAUUCAUUGUUACAACUAUGCAUAAGUUCCAGGAAGACGUCAAGGAUACUGUACUCCAGCUCGUGAAGUCUCUCGAGUGCCCAAUUUGCCUGGAAAUUCUGCGGGAUCCAUUGUCGACGAGCUGUCAUCAUCGAUUCUGCAGGUUAUGUCUGGAAAAAGCCCUCCAGGACAACUACAAGAUUCCAUGUCCCCUUUGCAAAGCUGUGGUCACAAAAAGGAGUCUCACUCAGAGUGACCUCAUAGUCAAGCUCGUUGAUAAGGUGAAGCAACUGGUACGUGCCGUGAAGAACGAUGCAGGUGUGGAAGUGACAUCACCAAAGGGCCAGCUAGAAUUGGCGGACACAUCGCUGGAGCAGCGUUCAGUCAAUUCAUCUGUCCAAAAAGCGGUGACAUCGUGCAAGAGUUCUCUGACUUUUGUCUCACGUCCAAAGACCAAAAGGGCAUUUGUCGUGCAUACUGAUGCAGACGUUGGUGCUGCUAGCAAAAAGCCACGGUCUACUUCCACUGCUUUGCAUGACAAGCCAGCAGCAUCUAAGGGCAGCGAUUCUCAAGGAAGUAAUAGCUCUACGAAACCAAGUGAGAGCUUGCAAGAUGGGAAGGAUAACAGCCGCGCUGCACGUGCCAAACCAUCAUCAGUAGCUUCCGCUAGCAUUACCGCUGACAAUGCGUCUCUGGCUUCAUCAUGGUCAGCGAGGCGGGAAUGCCAUUCAAACAUCUUGGAAGCUCCUAUAGACGUAGAAAUGCAGAAAUGCAACCAACCAGAAGAAAGUGGUGAAAAUCGAUCUGAAAAGGUGCAAGAUUGGCUUAAAAAUUGCGACAACAUUCCUCAGGAUAACCCACCUUCAGGACAAGUAAGGUCUGAACCCCAGGAAAGCUGCAAUGUUUCCGCAGAAAAACAGCUUGGUUCAAACCGUUUUUUCACUUCGGUCAAUGAAGCAUCUAGUGUUUCAGCAAAGAGAAAUUCGGUGCUGGACGUUUCAGACACUGACCCAUACAAGUUUGUCUCAAGUCAAAAGUCGCUGCAAGCAGCACAGCGCGGUAGGAGGAGACGGCUCCGCGGAAAUGGCCGUUCAGCAGGCCUAACAGCGAAGCGUUCAUCACGAAGAAAGUCUGACCAUCAAAAGUCUGUGUGCGAGUUUGAGAACUUGAGAGACCUAUUUGCAGAGGAGGAGGCUCAAGAAAAGGAUGAUGCCCGAGAGCUUGAGAUAGAGCUCUUUGUGACGCCAGGUGUCAGGCCCUGUGUUGAGAAAAGGGUAGUCAAUCAGAGAAGGUCCCACACAACAUCAAGAAAGCGGCCAAGGAAGGUUAAGAGCAAUCUACAGCUGAAGCCAUUGGAAGAGCAAGCAGAGGAACUUCAAAGAAAAAUUUCAGAAGCUGAAAGCCAUGAGCUUGUUAUUGUCAAAGCUUUGCCUGGAAAUGUGGAAUGCAGGCGCACCGAGCAUAUCAGGAACGCUAGUGCUCUGAAGGAUGUUUCUAACCUGAAGGCCCAAGUAGAAAGUAAGGUGCAGAAUGUCACCACAUCAUCAGUGCGUAUGUCGCCAAGUGAUGAAGAAAACCUGCUUCAACAACCACCUCCUGAGGUUGACGAGCCAAUUUCUUGCGAAGCAGGAAAGACCAGCACAAUAUUGCACUCGAAAACAAGUGUCGAACCAGUGACGGGAAAGGAUAUUGUUGAUUUGUGUUCUGAUGAUGAAAGGUACACGGUGGAAGCUUCUGGGAAAUGCAAAGAUUUGGCACCAGAAGGCAUACCUGGUGAGGCGAUACCUGAUGAGAGCUGCAUUCGCAAUGACGCACAAGGAAAUGCAGCCCCCUCUAGUGGACCUUCUGCUGAUGUUCCUUGCAGUUUGGGAGGCAAAGGCACCAAACAAGGUGACAGUGCUCCAGACGGGCAAUGCCAGGAGGACAAUCAGUCAGAGGAGCAGAGUAGUGGCCGUCCACUGUCUCUCAAAGACUUUGAAGGAUUGUUCAAGAAGUCAAGCAGAAAAACAUUUGACCUCAAUGCUAGUACGCAGGACUUGGAAUCGCUCGGUAGUGGAGCGGUGGACACCCUUGAAUUAAUGACGGAAGUCUGCAAUAGCCUGAAGCAGGUUCCUGCUAGUGAACCAGAUAUAGCCCCAGCGUAUGAUGAGCCAGGAUCUACAGUCAUGCACACCAACCAUGACGCAGACCAGCAGGUCGGUGUACCACAAGUGAGGGAUACAAUAUUACCGCAUGAAAACAACAAAGUAGUUCAGCAUUCCUGUUCUAGUAACAGUGCACACAAGAGCAAAAAUGACCGACACUCGUUGAGUUCUACCAGUAGUCCUGCUUCAAUAGUUACUCCUGCAGUUGAACCAGGUGCCAAGGAUGGUAGUUGUGAUUCAUGUCACGUGACCAAUACCAAAUCAGCCUGUCCAGCUUGUAAUGCGCACCUCUCUUUAGUGUGUGUGGACGGCAUCAUCAAAGUAAUACUCAAAGGGCAGCCACAGAAGCCAGUCCUUGUAGAAGUAGGAAUGUGCACUGAAAGGCCUUUUACAAAGGUCAUCAUUUGUAGAGAAGCUAUGACUCAGACUGAAAGCUCCGAUAUUAAGGAACUUGAUCCUCGAAGCUCGGGUGAUAGUUGCUCAAGUUUGCCAUCGCCUCACCUGCCACCAAUAGCACCUGAUGCCAUGCAAGCACAAACUGCAGUUAUUGAAAAUGGUGCAAGUGGCCAAGUGCUCCAUGUCAGAAAGGAUGGCCGUGUUUUGAACACUUCCGUCCACUUUAACAGCAGUUCUGCGAGUGCCGCUUGUGGUGGCUUUGAAGAGGAACCAGUCAUGCUUGGUUGUGUGCAACAUACAACACCAGCAGUUGAAGUUGCAGUGCUGAAAACUUCAACUCAAGGCACAGAAAUACUGUGUGAAAAUACGGAAGAUCAGGCAGUCUUGACAAGCCGACCUAACCUCUUUCGAGCAUCACAGUUUGGGCUGAGGACAAUUGUCGAAGACACUGAAGAGAUGGACACCACCCCACCAAUAGAAUCAAAGGAAAUUGACAAAUUGCCAUGCAACAGUAGUUCUUUGCGACAUGAAGAUAAUCCGCCCAAAUGUGAUUGGGGCGAAAACAGGGAAAUUCAGAGUGAGCUUCAGUGUUCCGCUGAGAAGUCCCUGUUGAAGAGUCAAAACGAAGCCUUUUUGAGACGAGAGGGCACGAAACUUCCAGAGCUUGGAAGCAAAUGUUCAGGUAGCAGUCUCCCUUCAUGCCACACAGAAAGAGUGCUUCCUCAAUAUAAACAGAGCACAGGCUGCAGUUCCCAACAGGAUGAAAUGGUGACACACAAUAAUGACAUCAAUUCUUGUAGUGGAGAAGUAUGCUUUCCAUCAUACAAGGGUACGCAACACAGCAUGCAAGAGGAGUGUCGUGACCCGGAGGCAUUGCCUAAUGAAAACACCUGCCACCAGCCUGCACCUACCAAGCAUUCGUCUGGUGUCACUAGUGUACCAAUACCUGAAGCAAAGUGUGACCGAGACCUAAGCAGUUCUGUGACGCCUUCAUUUGCAACAGCCUAUGAUGAAUCCGAGGAGCUGAAGGCCUCUUCACUUCAUGCACACGUGCAUUCCCCUGAAAAAGUUGCUGCCAGUGGCAGUCUCGAAGUCGUUGCUCCAAAUCAAGACGACGGCCACACUUCGGAGGAGUCUUCACCAUGGUCUUCUCCAAUUCUUAUCAGGAGGGCAGCUCCACGAAAUGUCAGGAACAAGACAAGAAAAGCAUUGUUGUCCAGUGACACAACCUCUCGGGAAGAGACUACUGACUCCUGCGAAAUCAUUGAGGCGUCUUCCAAAUCAGAUUCAGUGCGUAAGUCAUCUAGACAGGUGCCUAGUGUUGCUGUGGAAAGUGACAGCGACAGCGAUCCUGUGACAGAAUCGGAGGCCGAAGAGCUCCUGAGGCGUGCGGUGCAGGAAGACGACAGUGAAGAAGCUGCUGUCAUUUUUGCUAAGCGAGCUGUUGCGCCUCUUGAAGCAGGUAAAAAGCCGCAUGCACCAGUGCUGCAAACAUUGAAGAGGGCUGUCUGGUCUCCAGAAAAGCUUCACAGCAUUAGGCGACCCACUCAGCAAUCUGGAACAUCUUCGCAAGGGAAGUACCACAGCCUCUGGAAAAAGCACGACAGCUCUGUGAACGAUGGCGACAGUUCCGAGAAUACUGGUGGACGCAGCACGGCCACCACGAUGUCAAGCACACUUUCGGAAGGCCUAGACAGAACACUGAAGGAGAAGCUGCUAGAGCAAGACAUUGAAGAGAUGAAGAAGCAGAUGAUGAUGUUGGAGAAUGAACUGCAGCAAACCACUGUUGGAAAGAGACUAACUGACAGCUAUUCCCACAAAGAUUCAUCUGCCAACAGCGUGGUUGCCAUUAAUGGGAAAGACGACAAUUGGGACUGGGACGACAGCGAUGGCGCUGACGAAGCUAUGGAAUUAGUGCCCCCGACACCACCCAGGAAGUCACGGUCCAGCAAUGACGAAUCCUGUUACAGCACCACAAAAUAAGCAGCAUGGUCCAGUUUUCUUUUGUACAGAGUAAAACGCAUCUCCAG